CACUUUGUAACAAGAUUUUUCUUGUUACAGUUAACUUACCAUGAGCCUUAGGCAUAUGUAGUGCGGAGGAUUCACAAAGGAUAAUCGGCGGCGAUGCGGCUACCAUUCAAAACUACCCAUACCAAAUUUCGAUGAGAUGGACCUAUGGCCUGGGGCAAGGUAUUCACUUUUGCGGUGGAUCCAUAGUCAGUAGGCAGCACAUUAUCACGGCAGCUCACUGCGUCGACAAAAAGCGCAGCCCCGAAAUCAUGAGAAACAUCAAAGUUUUCGCCGGCACAAGUCGAUCGGACGUCGGCGGCAAAGCCUACGGCAUCAGCAGCAUUACCUUGCACCCCGGCUACACGGGAGCCAGCAACUUCUAUCUCAACGACAUUGCCAUCGUGACGCUAAGUCAACCGAUGCAAUUCAACGCUAACCAGCAGCCAAUCAUACUGCCUACCAAAGACGUGGAAAGCGGUACUGCGGCGACGAUCACUGGCUGGGGCGACACACGCCAUCCCAACGGCCAGACGCCCAUCCACUUGCAGAAAGCCACCAUGAAAUUGCUCGAUAGUAGUCAGUGCCAGAGUCAGCUGCCUUACCCGCUUUCAAAUACUCAAGUCUGCGCCGUUGCCAGACCUGGACUUGGCGUCUGUUCCGGUGACAGCGGUGGCCCAUUGGCCGCUAAUGGACAACUCGUUGGCGUUGCUUCUUACGUGGUCGAGUGUGGCAAAGGCCAUCCAGAAGUAUAUACCAACGUAUAUUCUUUCGUCGACUUUAUCCAACGACUUAAGCGUGACAAUAAAAGGAAAGAGGCCGGCUGCCAGGGCAACGCGGCACUGAGUUUAAGGUACACGUUUCACAGAAAAAUAGCAAAAACGAUGGUCGAUAAGAACAAUGUAGAAACAUCUUUGGCAUUUACAAUUUUUCUGAAGGUAUGCAUGCAACUUGUAGCAAUCACCUACGGCAUUACUACGCAACAGAUAAAGAAUCGCGAGUCGACAAUGCGUGGAGAAAAUGAAUGGAUAAAACAAUACCUGCUCGCAGGUAGCUGUGCGUCCAUCGAAGGAAGAAUAAUCGGCGGUGAAAAUGCGAAUAUCGAAGAGUACCCUUACCAAAUCUCGAUGCGUUGGACCUACGGAUUACCGAGACCCAUGCACUUUUGCGGUGGCUCUAUCGUAAGCAACAAGCACAUCGUCACCGCCGCUCAUUGCGUCUACGACAAGCAGGCAGCGAACAUGCUGAGGAACAUGAAAAUCUACGCGGGCACCAGCAGGUCCGACUCGCUGGCCGAGGGCAAGGCCUACAGCGUCCAAAGCAUCAGCGUCCACCCUGGAUACCGAGGCGUCAGCAACUCCUACCUCAACGACAUCGCCAUUGUCACGUUGAAAGAACCGAUCGAGUUCAGCGCGAUCCAGAAACCGAUCGAGCUGCCGAGCAGGGACGUGCAGAACGGUGCCACGGCCGUCGUCACCGGAUGGGGAUACACGAAACAUCCGAAUGGCGGUACGCCGAUCAAUCUGAAAAAGGCCACGAUGAGGUUGCUCCCCAGUUCUCAAUGCCAGCGCCGGUUACCCUACGCGCUGAGCAAUUCCCAAGUUUGCGCCGUUUCACAACCGGGAGCGGGAGUCUGCUCCGGUGAUAGCGGCGGCCCACUGGCGGUGAACAACCAACUGGUUGGGAUUGCUUCGUAUGUUGUCGAAUGUGGUAAAGGACAUCCCGAUGUCUACACCAAUGUCUAUUCCUUCGUCAACUUCAUCAGACAAACCAUCGGUUCAUAA